AUGGAUGAAGAUAUCGAGAUUCCUCCGUUCUUUCUCUGCCCCAUCUCUCUAGAGAUCAUGAAAGAUCCGGUGAUAGUCUCUACCGGAAUAACCUACGACAGAGACAGCAUCGAGAAAUGGCUCUUUUCCGGUAAGAAGAACUCGUGUCCGGUCACCAAACAAGACAUAUCCGACGCAGAUCUCACUCCAAACCACACUCUUCGCCGUCUCAUCCAAUCUUGGUGCACCUUAAACGCCUCCUACGGUGUAGAGAGGAUCCCAACACCGAGACAUCCGAUCUGUAAAUCAGAGAUCGAAAAGCUCAUAAAAGUUUCAGCCUCUUCUCAUCAAAACAAGGUCAAGUGUCUCAAACGACUACGUCAGAUUGUGUCGGAGAACGCGACCAACAAGCGGUGUUUGGAGGCUGCGGGAGUACCGGAGUUCUUGGCCACCAUCGUAAGCAACAACGACAUGGAAAAUGGGUUUGAGUCUUUGGCCGACGAAGCUCUAAGCUUACUCUACCAUCUCGAGAUCUCAGAGACAGUCCUCAAGAAUCUUUUAAACAACAAGAAAGGUAACGAUAUCGUAAAGUCAUUGACGAAGAUCAUGCAGCGAGGGAUCUACGAGUCGAGAGCCUAUGCAACUUUGCUUCUCAAGAACAUUCUUGAAGUAGCGGAUCCAAUGCAGAUUAUGAGUUUGAAGCAAGAGGUUUUCAUUGAGGUCGUUCAGAUCUUGGACGACCAGAUCUCGCACAAGGCAACAAAAGCCGCGAUGCAUAUAUUAGUGAGCAUAUGUCCAUGGGGAAGGAACAGACACAAGGCCGUGGAAGCUGGAGCGAUCUCCGUGAUAAUCGAGCUUCUCAUGGAUGAGAGUUUCUCAUCAGAGAGAAGAGGUCCAGAGAUGGCGAUGGUGGUUCUUGAUAUGCUGUGUCAGUGUGCGGAAGGACGAGCCGAGUUCUUGAACCAUGGAGCAGCCAUAGCUGUGGUGUGUAAGAAGAUAUUGAGGGUUUCGCAGACGGCAAGCGACAGAGCGGUUAGGGUUUUGUUGUCGGUGGGAAAGUUCUGCGCGACGCCGGCUUUGCUUAACGAGAUGUUACAGUUGGGAGUUGUAGCCAAGAUGUGUCUUGUGCUUCAGGUUAGUUGUGGAAGCAAGACUAAAGAUAAAGCAAAGGAGUUGCUUAAGUUGCACUCUAGGGUUUGGAAGGACUCACCUUGUAUCCCAAAAAACAUGAUUCUUGCAUAUCCCUCAUGA